AUGAACAAGACUGAGGUCAACCACGAAGAGGUCAUCCCUAAGGACCUGAAGCUACAUGGAGCCCCUGGAGAUGUCGAGCUUCUUCGAGGAAGCGACACAAUCUUGAUUCCCACUCCGUCGCUGGAUCCCAAAGACCCCCUCCGCCUCCCUCCCUGGCGCAAAUGGAUCUUGCUCGUCCUCGUUUCUGCAUACAGUUGCACCUCCGUCGUGCUCUGCUCCGGCAUGGGCCCAAUCUUCUCUGUCAUCCAGGCGCAGUACCCUGGGGAGGAAGACCGCGCAAAUGACCUGCUCACAUACCCGACACUGUUCAUGGGAAUUGGGAACUUGAUCAGCAUGCCGUUUGCUCUCAGUGUCGGGCGUCGACCUGUGUUCCUGGCGUCCAUGGUCCUGCUUGUCGCUACGGGUGUAUGGUGUGCGUGCUCGCAGAGUCUUGGGAGCCAUAUUGCCGGCCGUAACAUCAUGUCUUUGGCUGCAGGUCAGAGCGAGGCCUUAUCGCCGGCGAUCGUCCAGGAGAUCCAUUUCUUACACGAGCGUGGCCGGAAGCUCGCGUGGUUUAUCUUUAUCCAGAAUGUCGUGGCCGGGGUGUUCUUCGUUGUUUCGACGUACAUGGUUUCGGCGUGGGGAUGGCGCUGGUGGUAUGGCUUUUUCACUAUCAUGAACGCCGCUGUCUUCGCUUUAUCGGUGAUCUUCGUGUCUGAGUCGCGCUUUGCACGGUCCCCUGAGGACAUGAAGGGAGAACCUGCAGCCACCCCGAGCUCAGAUAGCGAGACAGAGCAAUAUACUCCCCGGACAUGGCGGCAUGACCUGUCCCUCUGCGUAGUCAAACCGCGCUGGAGCAUCAUCCCCACCUUCUACAAGCACGUCCUGCAGGGUCUUUGCAUCCCUAUCACCCUCUGGUUGCUGCUCCUCAAUGGCGCCUUCUUGGGCGUCUACGUCUUCCAGUCAGCCACCUUCUCCACGAUACUCCUCGCCCCGCCAUACAGCUUCGCAUUCACCUCGCUGGGCUCCGUUCAGGCAGGCCAGAUUGUCAGCUGCAUCAUCUUUCUCCCGCUCCUCGGCUACGGCAGUGACAUGACCAUCCGCGCAUUCACGAAACGUAACCGAGGCCUCUACAGGCCUGAGUUCCGCUUGCCGGUGAUUGGCAUUCCGGCUACAGUCGGUGUGAUCUGCGGCAUCAUCUACGGACAGGCAGGGUCGUUCCCCGAGAGAUGGAACGCGAGUGCCAUCGUGGUUGGAUAUAAUGCGAGUUUCUUCGCCUUUCUCGGCGCAAAUAUCGUGGGUAUUACCUAUGCGGUCGAUAGCUUCCCAUUACGCGCCGAGCCCUUCCUCGUUGUUAUCUGUGCCGGGCGUGGACUUAUCUCGUUUGGCUUGAGUUAUGCGACUUUGCCGGCCGUGAGGAGCAUAGGGUAUGACAUGACAAUGGUCGUAGAGAUGGUGAUCUGUGCUGCACUGGCUUUGGGAGCUAUCCCCAUGUUCUUUUUUGGGCCGAGGAUUCGAGAGUUGGCCAAGGGAUGGGUGGGUUAA